AAAUGACAUUCCUUGAAUCGUGCGUGAUUACAAAACAUACUUGCGGUACGUUCGCUGUAAGAAUCGUUUAAUUUCUUUCGCAAAAUCCUUUAGAAUGAACAAAGUUGCCCUAAAUUUGUUACGGAAAUGUGUCAGUUACAGAAUCCUUCAAACACCGUAUUGUGCAAUUGGCAGAAAUUACAGCUUCAAGAGUGAUCUUUCGUUGGAAACGAUCUAUACCUCUAGCAACUUACGGUUAUAUACGGCGACCCCACCACAGCCUUUAGCUGAAGACAAAUUUAAUGGAUUCAUCCCGCUUGAUAAGUUAGAUAUCACUUACAGUCGCAGUGGCGGUCCCGGGGGCCAGAAUGUCAACACAACCAACACUAAAGUCGAUGUUCGAUUCUACUUGGAAAGUGCUAGCUGGCUUUCCGACGUAACUAGAAAGCGAUUGGCUGAAUUGCACAAGGGUCGUAUAACCAAAGACGGUUACAUCGUAAUCAAGAGUGAACUGACUCGUUCUCAGCAAAUGAACAUGGCCGACGUCCUGGAGAAGCUAAGAACAUUCAUUCGCGAAGCUGAAAAACCUCAAUCUGCUGAAUUGUCACCGGAAACGGUAGAAAAACUACGACGCAGACAUGAGAAAGCCACUCGAGAGCGGCUAGCGAUCAAAAGAAAUCGAUCGCAAACGAAAGCAGAUCGCCGGUCACCUGUUAUGUAGAUGAGCCAAAGGUAGUGUUUAGAAACGAUUUCAAAGAAUUAUAUGAUUUGUUAUAUUUUGUUGCAGAAUCAAUAAAUGUGACUCACUCAUUUCCUGGAAAACUUUGCUGAGAUGUAUCAAUAAAAGCACACACCUAUCGCAGACCAAACUUAUUAAAUAAAUUUUAUGUAGUUUUAAUCCCAACUGCUUUCAAAACGUAUGAACUGACAGCGGCUGAGGUUAGAACUUGACUCAGUUUCGGGGUCAACAAAAAACGCCAUUAGAAUAUGAAAAGUUCCUUGACUUGAUACAAAGUUUAUGUAACUGACAAGUUUUCGUUCUGCUUAUAAAUAAAUUACAAAAGUUUUAAAA